AUUUUGCUGUUCUAUAUAUAUAUAUAUUGUUUUUAAAAGAAAAUGUCGCAAUCUGACCCGUCCAGAUUGUUCACUGUCAAUGGCCAGGUUGCCGUCAUAACAGGGCCUGGAAGUGGCUCAGGAAAGACAAUAGCCCAAGCCCUCGCCGUCAAUGGUGCUUCCAAAAUUUUUUAUAACCAGCCGACAGCUCGAGACAUAACACGAAACAGCCAAAGGAGGACCAGAGGGCACAAUCAUACCUCCAAGCAGCCUACGAGAAAAUCUCCUCACAGGCAGAAUACAUCGAUCUGUUUAGCCAACAGCGGUGUUGCCGAGCCACACCCGCAGUUUUCAUUUCAUUCCCCAGCACCGACACCCGACAACCUCGAAGAGAUCCAAGAGAUGCUGUGGUCUAUCUCGGGGGACCUUUCGUCCAUUCUCCAGACCAAUGUGGUGGGUGGUUAUUACACAGUCGUGGCAUUGCUGCCAUUGUUCGAUGCUGCCAAAAAACUGCAGCAAUCUUUGACUCCCAGCACGUUUCCGCCCAAGGUAUAUCCUAAUCUCCCGUAUGUCGUAUCUAAGGUUGCUCUUACGCAGAUGGUUGAAACGCUUUCGACGACAUUGACACCCCAUGGUAUCCGCAUUGAUAGUAGUGCGCUGAGCGUCUAUACAGCUGAGCAUAUUUCGAACGUAUACGGUGAUUAUGAACAGAUUACCUCGUACGGGUCUAUCUUAAAGGAAUUGACCCCUCUUGCGAAAACUGGUGGGGUUGAGGAUCUCGUGUGA